AUGAACUCGUUUGUGGAAUAUUCUGUUUUCAAUCGAGCUGGGAGCGGUGCUCAUUCCGCCCCUAAACCCGGAUACCAGCCUCACAGCCUCCACCACCUCCCGCUGGACCAGCACCACGCCUUCUCCGCGGCCCCCGGGGCCCCCGGGGCCCUGAACCCGGCUCUGGGCGGCUCCUCGGGGGGCAGCACCGGCGGGGACGGCGGCGGGUACGCGGCGGACGGCAGGAUUUACGGGCUCACCGGAGAGGAGAGCGGGGGGGUGCACGAGUCCCCGGGAGCGGGCCUGCUGCAUCCCCCUGAGCAGCAGUACCAGCACACGCACACGCACACGCACACGGACUACCAGCACCACUCCGCCCUGCCGCAGACCCAGGGCCUCCAGACCGGGGUGCUGGCCCCCUACUCCGGCGCCUACGCGGGCCAGGCCUGCGCCACAAACCUGGAGUACGCUCCUUCGACGGGCCCCCCCCAGUACUUCAUGGAGGAGUCCGUGGCCACCACCUACUACCACCAGCCGGGCUUCCACGGCUCGGGCCCGGCUUUCGGCCCCGGCUACGGCGCGCUGGCCGGGGCCUGCUGCGGCCCGCAGGCCGCCUUCGGCUGCCCCCACUACCCGCAGCAGGUCGGCGGGGGCCUGGACUCAGUCAAGUACCUGGGCCUGAAUCAGGGAGGGGGCUACGGGGAGCUGCCGCUAAACCAGGACCGGGGGGGGGCGGAGGAGGACGGCCCGCAGGCCGGGCAGGGGCAGACCUUCGACUGGAUGAAGGUGAAGAGGAACCCGCCGAAGACAGUCAACAUCUCAGAUUUCGGCCUGUCGGGCGCGCACAACAACGCCAUCCGCACCAACUUCAGCACGCGGCAGCUGACGGAGCUGGAGAAGGAGUUCCACUUCAGUAAGUACCUGACCAGGGCGCGGCGCGUGGAGAUCGCCGCCACGCUCGAACUCAAUGAGACGCAGGUGAAAAUCUGGUUCCAGAACAGGCGGAUGAAGCAGAAGCGGCGCGAGCGGGAGGGCACCCCCGCUCACGCGCGCUCGUCCUGCUCUGACCUCGGGAGUGGCUUCACCAAGGACAUGGAGGACACUGACCACUCGUCCUUGUCCACGUCUCCGGGCGCGUCCCCGAGCUCGGAGACGUAG